GACCCAUUUUUCAAUACUUAUAAUCCAAAAUUUCAAACCCUAAAAAUUCUUUGAGAGAAAAACAAACCCUAAAUAAAUUAUUUUGAAAUGGUUGCUACCAAUCAACUAAGCUCAAAUAUACACCCCAAAUCAACUUUUGGUGGCACUCUGGGUCGCCACUUAGCUAAAAGACUUGUGGAAGUAGGUGUUAAAGAUAUUUUUUCGGUCCCUGGAGAUUUUAAUUUGACACUUUUGGACCAUUUAAUUGCAGAGCCAGAACUGAAUCUGAUUGGCUGCUGUAAUGAACUGAAUGCUGGAUAUGCAGCUGAUGGUUAUGCACGUGCCAAGGGUGUGGGAGCUUGUGUGGUAACUUUUACGGUUGGCGGUUUGAGUAUUAUUAAUGCUAUUGCUGGUGCUUAUAGUGAGAAUUUGCCUGUGAUUUGUAUUGUGGGUGGUCCUAAUUCUAAUGAUUAUGGGACUAAUCGGAUUUUGCAUCAUACUAUUGGGUUGCCUGAUUUUAGUCAGGAGCUUAGGUGUUUUCAGACAGUCACUUGUGUUCAAGUAGUUAUAAAUAAUUUGGAUGAUGCACAUGAGCAAAUUGACCAUGCAAUUUCUACCGCUUUGAAGGAAAGCAAACCGGCUUAUAUUAGCAUAAGUUGCAAUUUGCCUGCUAUUCCUCAUCCAACCUUUGGUAGAGACCCCGUGCCAUUAUUUUUUGCUCCAUGCGUGAGCAAUCAGUUAGAAUUAGAGGCAGCUGUUGAAGCAGCAGCUGAAUUUUUGAACAAAGCUGUGAAAUCUGUAAUAAUUGGAGGACCAAAACUAAAAGUAGCAAAGGCUCAAAAGGCAUUUGUAGAGCUUGCAGAUGCUAGUGGCUACCCAAUAGCUGUUAUGCCCUCAUGCAAAGGGCUGGUGCCGGAGCACCAUCCACACUUCAUCGGCACAUACUGGGGUGCUGUUAGCACUAGUUUUUGUGGAGAAAUAGUGGAGUCGGCUGAUGCUUACAUUUUUGCUGGCCCUAUCUUCAAUGAUUAUAGCUCUGUUGGUUAUUCCUUUCUUAUCAAGAAAGAGAAAACAAUUCUAGUUGAGCCUAAUCGUGUCUCCGUAGGCGAUGGUCCGUCGUUUGGCGGGAUUUUUAUGGAUGACUUUUUAAGUGAACUAGCAAAGAAGUUGAAGAAAAAUAGCACGUCGAUGGAUAAUUAUCGUCGUAUUUUUAUUCCUGAAGGGAUCCCUCUCAAGUGUGAGAAUGGUGAACCUCUUAGAGUUAAUGUUCUAUUUAAGCACAUUCAGGGAAUGCUAAGUGGAAACACUGCAGUAAUUGCUGAAACUGGAGACUCAUGGUUCAACUGUCAGAAACUCAAUCUUCCUGAGAAUUGUGGAUAUGAAUUCCAAAUGCAAUAUGGCUCUAUUGGCUGGUCAGUGGGGGCCACUCUUGGAUACGCUCAGGCUGCAAAAAACAAGCGUGUGAUUGCAUGCAUUGGUGAUGGGAGUUUUCAGGUAACAGCUCAGGAUGUAUCGACAAUGAUUCGUUGCGGACAAAAGAGUAUAAUUUUUCUCAUCAACAACGGGGGUUACACGAUUGAAGUAGCGAUACACGAUGGACCUUAUAACGUGAUCAAGAACUGGAAUUAUACUGGUCUUGUCAAUGCCAUUCACAAUGGUGAAGGAAAAUGUUGGACUGCAAAGGUCCAAACAGAGGAGCAACUGAUAGAAGCAAUCGCGACAGCAACUAGUGAACAAAAGGAUUCACUAUGUUUUAUUGAAGUUUUGGUGCAUAAAGAUGACACUAGCAAAGAGUUGUUGGAGUGGGGAUCCAAAGUUUCUUCUGCGAACAGUCGUCAUCCGAAUCCACAAUAAUGAGUUACUAUUUUAUGUUUGUAAAUGAGUAUAUUGGAGGGUUGCCAUCAUAUAUUUCUAUUAAAAAACAUUUUCUCUCCUCUCAAAACCUCUCAAUUAUCUCAUUUAAAAACCCUAGCUGCACCCUUCAUUUCUUUCUUAGGGAAGAUGGAUUAUGGCCAUUAUUUGGCUAAAAAGCAUCUCCCCACUCUUAAUUUUUCUUAAAAUGCAACAAAUAAGUGAUGUUUUAUAUCACAUAUCUUACUUUAUGUUGGAUUUUGUAGUUUUUAUUUUUAUUUUAUCUACCCUAAAUGGAUUCUGGAGUCUCUCUAUUACUUUCGACGUCUCCAUAGUGUUUUCUGCGUCCCUUCGGUGUUUAUGCCAUCCUUCUCGGCAUAUUCUGUAUUUUUCGGCUAGUUGGAAGAUUAUAUUUACAAAUUUAAAUGUUUGCAACUCACAUUAGU